ACUUAUUACAACAUGAAGAUUGUGGCUGCACUGUUGGUCAUUUCCUUGGGAUUUCUGGCCUUGGCUGAGGCCAAUUCAGAUCCGGAGAGAUGUCCUCGUGCUUGCACAAGGGAGUAUAGACCAGUGUGCGCCGAAUGGCGUAGGGGUAUUAUACGUCCCAUAAUCAGUCGGUGCACUUUCUCCACUAAAUGCGUCCUUGAUAACCAAAGAUGCAAGACGAAUCGAAAUUGGGUCAUCGUCGAUGAGAGACGUAAGUGCAGAACUGAAACUCGGGAUUGCGAUGAGCUGCGAAAAUCCUCCUAGUGGUAUAAUCUCAAAGACGUCUGUGUAUACAAUAAAGC